ACGUUGCAUGGCGAACUGUAGCAGUCAGUUCAAGACAGCUCACAAGCCAUCGAAAGAAAAUGGAUCCAAAAGCUGCAAGAGUAGGUGACAGUAUGCUGGGCAGAGAAAUGCGAGAGGAUAGAAGGAACGAGUCAACAACACAAGACUCUGGUUUUGACAGUGUUAAUAGUAUGGAUGGAAAUCUUCCAAGAAAUGCUGGAGUGGUUGGUGACACAGAGGUGAAGACAUCAGGAAAUACAUGUGGAGCAGGAGAGGACAUGAGUGAAAAUGACCCUGAAUUGAAGAACCCUGUAGCAGACACCAGAGUACCGGAAGCUGAUUUAAAAACUGACACAGGGGCAAGAGCUGUGGCCUCUUUGUUUGAGAGGAUAGCAUUUUGUGCAACUGAAGCAGCAAAUGAGUCCCGGCGUCACCGUGAUGGCGAUGAAAUGGACCGUUCUGUGUGGCAGACAAAUAUGACAAAGAUACGUGACCUAAUGAUGCAGAUUAUUAAUAAUGCUGGCUCUGAAGUUCAAGAUAGUCAGGACUUGUUGGCUAGUUGGUCUAUGCCAAGAACUGAUGCCAACAUGUUGUCAGCACAUGCUGCUGUACCACCACCUACAACCAGCCAGGUGCCAAAACAUGAUGUUGUACAUGUACCACCAACAUGUACAACCGGCCAGGUACCAGCACAUGAAGUUGUACCACCACCUACAACUAGCCAGGCGCCAGAACAUGAUGUACCACCAGCUACAACUGGCCAGGUGCCAGAACAUCAUGUUCUACCACCAGCUACCACCAGCCAGGUACCAGAACAUGAAGUUGUACCACCACCUACAACCAGCCAGGUUCAGAACAUGAAGUUGUACCACCACCUACAACCAGCCAGGCGCCAGGACAUGAAGUUGUACCACCACCUACAACCAGCCAGGUGCCAGAACAUGAAGUUGUACCACCACCUACAACCAGCCAGGUGCCAGAACAUGAAGUUGUACCACCACCUACAACCAGCCAGGUGCCAGAACAUGAUGUUGUACCACCAGCCUACAACCAGCCAGGUGCCAGAACAUGAAGUUGUACCACCACCUACAACUAACCAGGUGCCAGAACAUGAAGUUGCACCACCACCUACAACCAGCCAGGUGCCAGAACAUCAUGUUCUACCACUAGCUACCACCAGCCAGUUACCAGAACAUGAAGUUGUACCACCAGCUACAACCAGCCAGGUGCCAGAACAUCAUGUUCUACCACCAGCUACAACCAGCCAGGUGCUAGAACAUGAUGUUGCACCACCACCUACAACCAGUCCAGGUGCCAAAACAUGAUGUUGUACAUGUACCACCAACAUGUACAACCGGCCAGGUACCAGCACAUGAAGUUGUACCACCACCUACAACUAGCCAGGCGCCAGAACAUGAUGUACCACCAGCUACAACUGGCCAGGUGCCAGAACAUCAUGUUCUACCACUACCUACCACCAGCCAGGUACCAGAACAUGAAGUUGUACCACCACCUACAACCAGCCAGGCGCCAGGACAUGAAGUUGUACCACCACCUACAACCAGCCAGGUGCUAGAACAUGAUGUUGUGCCACUUCCUACAACCAGCCAGAUACCACCACCUGCAGCGAGUCUGCUCUCAGUUCAUAGGGGUUCAGCUGCAGCCAGCUUGAUACAAGAAUCUAUCUUUGAAGACUUUGAAGGGUUGCCUGAUGAAGAAUUGUAUGUUAAUGCAACAGCACCCCCACAGGAUGUUGUGGAUUUCCGAGCCCUGACACCAGCUGCUGGACCAAUAUCUUUGCUUGAAGAGAUAAGGCAAAGGCAUCAGCAAGCCAUCAGGUCAAGAUCUGAAGAAAGAACUUCAAGGCAACAGCGUCUUCGAGUUCAGAGACAUGAUGCGAGCCCAAUUCAUCAGCAGAUUAUCAACCAUUAUCUCAGUAACCCCCAAGCCGUUUGGUAUGAGCAGUUUGUGGUAUUUGAUGGGGAGCAAGGCAUAGAUUGUGGGGGACCAAGCAGGGAAGCUUUCACACUGUUUUGGCAAGAAAUCGAAAAAGAGUGGCUUACGCAUGGAAGCCUUCCUUGUGUAAGCCCUGAAUUAGAGCCAUCGUCAUUUGAGUUCUGGCAAGCUGUGGGCCGUUACACUGCUCACAUGUUUGUGAUGCACAGGUUGUUCCCUGUGUGCUUGCCCUUGUACUUGGUAAAAGCAAUGUUUAAUGGCAUGGAUGAGCUUCACAACACCAAUAAUGACCAAUUUGAAAAUAUUUUCAAACACGACAUCUUGCCAAGUAGUGCCAGACCUUCCCUGCUUGCUGCCCUUAGGGACACACCCACUUUUGAGCUGAAGAAAAAAGACAUGUACAUGACUUUGGUAGAAUUUGGUGUGGCCACUUGCCCAUCUACAAGAGAAGACCUAGAAGCUUUGUUGCCAAGAGUAGCUCGUACUGAGUGCCUUGCUGGUCCCUAUAUUGCCAUCUGGGGUCUUAUCACUGGGUUUCAGGAAGUGUGGAAUACGGGGGGUGUUAAUGUGUGUAAGGAAGAAAUUCGUGAACUGCUGAACAGCCUCAAACAUCCCAUCUCAGGUGAGGAUGUUCUGUCUGUCCUGCAGUAUGAUACAACUGAGUGCGAGGAUAGCCAGUCUGGGGCACAAAUGACACAGUUUGUGCAACAGUGGGUUCACAAUGCUGACAGGGUGUUGCUGAAACACUUCCUAUUUGUAACAACAGGAAGUGACAGACUGCCCGACAGACCGUUACACAUCAGGUUCAAACCUAACUCUGCCCGUGUAGAGAUUUGCACUUGUGCACCCAGUUUGGAUAUGCCUGUGACUGCAGACUUCAGUUCAUUUGAAGUGAUGAUGAAAAGUCUGUCUGACAGGGUACAGGUAACAGAGAACUUCAAUGCUUUGUAAAUAUCAUGUUUGUUACUGAGGUUUGUUUGAUAUUAGAUUUGCCAAUUCUUGCAGUUUCAAACUACCUAAACCAAAAACAAACAGCAAAAAGCAAACAUUUCUCUACCGCGCCAUUAAUCUAUGGAACACCAUGCCACCCAGUAUCCAAACACUGACCAGUCCGCAUCAAUUCAAAAAGGCCAUCCACCAGUUG